AUGAGUGGUGCAGCACUGGGCCUUGAGAUAGUAUUUGUCUUUUUUCUGGCCUUAUUCCUACUUCAUCGGUAUGGGGACUUCAAGAAACAGCAUAGGCUGGUGAUCAUAGCAACAUUAUUGGCUUGGUAUCUUUGCUUUCUUAUUGUAUUUAUACUGCCUCUGGAUGUCAGUACGACUAUUUAUAAUCGGUGCAAACUUGCUGUUAACUCCAGCCCUGCAGAAAGUAAUGGCUCUUACGUUACCCUUGCUCCAAGCAAGCAAAAAUGUUUCAAACCAUGGAGUUAUAUUCCUAAUGGAAUUAUGCCAAUUUUCUGGCGUGUUGUAUAUUGGACGUCACAGUUUUUAACAUGGAUUCUGCUACCUUUCAUGCAGUCAUAUGCUAGAUCAGGAGGGUUCUCCAUUACUGGAAAGAUUAAAACUGCAUUGAUUGAGAAUGCAAUCUAUUAUGGCACUUACUUACUGAUUUUUGGAGCAUUUUUAAUAUAUGUGGCUGUAAACCCAAACUUCAAUUUACAAUGGAACCAACUUCAGACUAUUGGGAUAGCUGCUGCAAACACAUGGGGUCUCUUUCUUCUUGUGUUGCUUUUGGGUUAUGGUUUGGUGGAAAUUCCCCGUUCUCACUGGAACGGGGCCAAGAGGGGUUAUCUACUCAUGAAGACCUAUUUCAAAGCUGCCAAACUGAUGACUGAAAAAGCAGAUGCUGAGGAGAAUUUAGAGGAUAUUAUGGAA